CCUAUCACUCUACUCAUGGAGUCAUCAGAUGCAAUGAAUCUUGCUUGCCUAACAGCUGGAUACUAUAGACUGCUGGUUGACUCAAGGCGCUCAAUAUUUAACAUGGCCAACAAGAAAAACACAGGGAGCCGAGAAACAGGAACUGAAAAUAGAGGGAAGCAUAAUUUUCUUGCUUCUGAGUGGAAUUGUAUACCAAAAACUACCACUUUCCUGGCUGAAGGAGAUCAAGAGACUCAAAUGCCCUUUGGUGAUCCAAAACAGAAGACUGUAGAUGUUUCUGAAAGUCUGUUAUGUCAAAAAGAACACAGACAUCUGUACAUAGAAAAUACUUAUAAUUCGGGUGGAUUUGAUCAGCAUCUGGCUAAGCAAAGUGACCCCACUGAAGCAGAAGAAAGCAGAAAUUUUAAUCAGCCUUCUCUGCUCUCGCUCUCAGGUUUGGAAUCUAGCAAGAAAGCACAGGAUUCCCCCAGGGGAGCAAAAGUUUCCUUUAUAUUUGGAGAUCACAACUUGGAUGGUAUCAAUCCCCAGACUCUUGGCUAUGAAAGGCUUUUGGAUGAAAGUCCAGAAGUACUAGAAAAACAAAGAGCCAUUUAUAUUAGUAAUGCCAAUGACAUUAAAGGCCUGGAGUUGACACCGGAUGCUGAAAGCAUUCAGUUUGCUACAAAUUCUGUUUACGCAACUAUAAACGACGGUAAAAUAUUUGGAGCUGCGGAAGGGAUAGAAGAGCCUUUGCUGCAUGAUAUUUGUUAUGCAGAAAACACAGAUGAUGCCGAAGAUGAAGAUGAAGUAAGCUGUGAAGAAGACAUUAUGGUAGGAGAAAUCAAUAGGCCUGCUCUUCUCAGUCUUUCUGGUUCUAGUGAUGACAUUAUUGAUUUGACGUCACUCCCACCUCCAGAAGGUGAUGAUAAUGAAGAUGAUUUCCUAUUGCAUACCUUAAACAUGGCCAUUGCUGCUCCUCCACCUGGCUUCAGGGACAGUUCAGAUGAGGAAGACUCUCAGAAUCAAGCAACGCAGCCUAGAGACAACAAGGAGCAAGCCAGUAAUCUAGGCAAUGAUGACAUUCCGGUGUCGCUUAUCGAUGCUGUCCCUACUAAUACAGAGGGGAAGUGUGAGAAGGGGCUAGAUGACGCGGUAGUCUCUACACUUCAAGCACUAGAAGCUUUGGCUGCUUCAGAGGAACAGCAGACGAAUGACAAUUCAGGUGUAGCUAUCCUGCGAGCAUAUAGCCCUGAGUCAUCUUCAGAUUCUGGCAAUGAAACAAAUUCUUCUGAAAUGACUGAAAGCUCUGAACUAGCUGCAGCACAGAAACAGUCAGAAAACACUGCACGUAUGUUUUUGACCACAAAUGAAGGCUACCAACCCCUUGUGGAAGAGCAGACUGAAUUUCCCAUUGCUAAGAAUCAGGCUGGAGGGCCAGGCAUGAAGCCCUCACAGCCUUUGGCUGGUCGUCAGGCUGCAGAGCUACAGUCAAAAGUUGUGCCUUCAAAGCAGAUUCUUCAUUCAGAUAACAUGGAAAUGGAGCCAGAGACCAUGGAAACAAAAUCUGUCACUGAUUAUUUUAGCAAAUUGCACAUGGGAUCCUUGGUAUAUUCUUGCACUAGUAAAAGGAAAAAUAAGAUGACAGACAGCGAAGUAAAAGCACCCUCUGAUGGUAACGCUACUGUGAAAAAGCAACAGGGAACUAAAAAAGCAGAAACUGAUGAAGAUCUGAAAGCUAAAUUUGGAACUCUUUCAGCAAGAGACAGUCAACGCCUAAGCACUUUUAAUGUGGAGAGAACUGCCUUUCGCCAAAGAUGGUACGCUGCCGAUGAUGGGGCAGCAGAUAAGCCAAGCCCAGAGACAGUGAAUGGGAAGACUUUUCCAAGAAGUGCUGUCCUUGGUAAAACAGAAACUGACUGUAAAGAUGAAGUGGAUCCUGAGGUGGAUCAGGAUGAUACCUCAGGGCUUAGCCAAGGUGAAAACUUUCUGUCAGAUAUGACUCCCAUGUCUUCAGCCAAAGACCUAAAUGAUGCAGAAGAUACCGAUUUAUCUGCAGAUGACCAUCCUUCAAAGCUUCCAGAAGCUGAGCAGAGUGUGGCUAGGCUGUGUGAAUAUCACUUGGCUAAGCGCAUGUCAUCUCUGCAAAGUGAAGGCCAUUUCUCACUGCAGAGCUCUCAGUGCUCUUCAGUGGAUGCAGGAUGCAGCACAGGCAGCAGCACAUGUGCGACCCCCGUUGAAUCUCCUCUUUGUACCUCUGAUGUUAAGCACAUUAUCUCUGACCCAUCAAUGAAGGGCAUUGCCUAUAUUCCAGCAGAUGAAAGAGCUGCCAUUCUUCCAAACCAUGGAACAACAUACAAGGACCUGCACCAGCAGCCUGAAGCUGUGUGUCACAGAAUGACGGUGCCUGUCGUGCAUUCAGCAAUUAAUGCUGAACCACUGUUCGGCACUUUGAGAGAAGGAUGUCAUCGGAUCCCCAAGAUAAAAGAAACUACAGCUUUCACAGAGCCUGAAAAGGGAAGACAAGGAGGCAUGCCUACAGCUUUUCCUAGACAGCCUCUAGCUGACUCCAUCAUGCUAUCAUCCAUGCUAUCAGAAUCAAAGGUGCCAAGUCAAAAUCAAGACUCUUGUGACAUUCCCAAAGUAAAUCAGGCUUGUGGGGCAACAGUUAGUUUACGGCCAUAUGACAUGAUAGGAGGAAGCCUCAGGAUGCCGCACAACAGGAAAGUGCUGAGACGCAGCAGCAGCAUCAUUGGAGGAUCUGCAGGCAUUGAGAUGCUGUUUGAAAAGAAGGCUGCCGCAGCCAGCUUGAAAUGCCUGGACAUCACCCGAAGGGAUGAAUCCAAAUCGGAGAGAAGGGUGGAACUCCCACUGGGCAAAAAGCUGUCAAAAAGUUGUUCCCAGAGUUGUGUGUACGUCAGCACUGAUAUGAAGGACAGUAAGAGGUGUUCGGGCACAGGUGCCAGUCAGAAGGACUCCAAGCCGUGUCGAACGUUGCCCUUGCGGAAGCUGGACACCAGCACCUGGAAGUGUCGUGGCCCCUUUAGCUAUUGUUUCCUAGGCAGAGGAAACGAUGACAACGAUGAUGAAGAUGAUGGAGACAGCCAUCAGCUCUCACGUCUCUUCGAACCACAGAUCCUGUGCGAGCUCACAGAACCAGUCGGUCAGUCGUUUUCCAGUGAAAAUGAGCAGAAAGUCUUGGAGUCCCCAAAAGCUGCUGAGCCCCCGCAAGACGAGGCAGUCAACACGCAUGAGAAGAGCAGUGCUGACAUCCAAGGUGGCCAAAUUGAUGUGAAUCUCAAUGACGUGGCCUUCGAUGCACGAAUCACACGAAUAAAUGUGAUGAAAGAGAAGACGUAUACAAUGCCUGAUGGAUUUAUUGCAGCACAAAAGGAUGCCAAUGAGCUACUCUCACUGGUCCGAGCAAGUAUGGGCAAGAGAGAAGAUUUACAUCCAGAAACAUAUGACCUUAAACUUUCUAAGUACAAACAACUGUUAUCUAUGGAAUCGAGACAGUUGGGAAGUGCCUGCAGGAAAAUGGCCAUGGCUGAUAAAAGCCCUGAGGAAAUGCUUUUAGCUAUGACUUCCAGCUUUCAAGUACUCUGUUGCUUAACAGAAGCCUGCAUGCGUUUAGUUAAAGUCAUGAACUCUGAAACACAGCAGCAGGAAAUUAUAGCUAAGAUAGACGAGGUUGUGAUAAACUACAUUUGUCUUCUGAAGGCUGCAGAAGCAGUGUCAGGCAAGACCUCCGGUGAUCCUAGCAUUAAACUCUUGGCUCGACAUUCAACUACCAUGGCCGCUAUUGUAAGCACACUAACACGUUCUCUUAAAAUGCUUUUAAACAAAUAA